AAUGCUAUGUUCGAAAAAAAAAACUAUAUUCGUAAAUUGCAUACUUCAUAUUAUUAUGAAUUAAAUUGUUUAAGUUUGUCCUUUUAAUCGUGUACUCAACCAUAAAAGUGUUACGACCAUAUGUUAUUAUUUUUGAUAAUUAAUGGUUUUAAAAACCAAAUUUAUGCAAUAAGUUUUUCUCUUGAGUGCCAAAGUAUUAAAAACUAUUAGUCACAAACAUAAUUUAAGAUCAAAUAUAUUAAAUUACUAAACCAAAUAGAAAGUUUUCAAUAUACAAUUAAGAAGAUAUCAGUUCAAAAUGAAUAAAUUUAUGAGUAUGCAAAUUAUCCUUUUAUUUAUUGUAACUUGUGUAAGUUCUAUUCGCUGGUAUAUGCAACCUAACACACAAAAAUGUUUGCGUGAAGAACUUAAGCAAAAUGUAUUAGUAAAAGGUGAUUAUGAAACUCAGUCCAUUGAAGGACAAUACAUGGAUUAUAUUGUUCGAGAUUCUAAAGGCCAUAUAUUAGCCAAUAAGCAAGACAUAACUAAGGGAAAAUUCACAUUUAGUACUGAAAAUUAUGAUAUGUUUGAAAUUUGUUUUACAUCACGUGUACCAGGUUAUCAAAGAGGAGUAUUGCAUGAAGUAUCAUUAGAUAUUAAAACUGGAAUAGAAGCUAAACAAUAUGAAGGACUUGGUGAAGUUGCAAAACUUAAGCCUUUGGAAUUAGACUUAAAGAUAUUAGAAGAUUUGUCAUCAUCAAUUGUGAAUGAUUUUUCCGAUAUGAAGCAUCGCGUUGAAGAAAUGAGAAAUACAAAUGAAUCUACCAGUAAAAGAGUUCAUUGGUUUAGUAUGUUUAGUAUUUUCUGUUUAAUUGGACUUAGUGUCUGGCAAAUAUUGUAUUUAAGAAGAUAUUUUAAGGCAAAGAAACUUAUUGAAUAAAAAUGAUCAUUAAUGACUUGAUA